AUAAGCAAACCCAUCCUCUAGCGCCCAUUCUGUAAUCUGUAGUUCAGGUCAAUACAAGACAUUGAAGAAUCUGUCUACCCAGUGAGAAAAUUUGUGAGAGGAAGAGAAGAAAAGAAGAGAGAUGGAGUGGUGGGUCUCAAUGCCAAAGGUGGAAUUGCAUGCUCACCUCAAUGGAUCCAUUAGGCACUCCACGCUUCUAGAACUUGCUCGAGCUCUAGGCGAGAAUGGUCUCAUAAAAUUCUCCGAACUUGAACAUGUCAUCCUCAGAAAGGAUCGUUCAUUAGGGGAAGUAUUCGAGUUGUUUGACCUAAUCCACCUUAUCACAACUGAUCACAUGGCAGUUACAAGAAUCACCAAAGAAGUUAUUGAAGAUUUUGCAGCAGAGAAUGUUGUGUAUCUGGAGUUGAGAACUACUCCAAAGGCUAAUGAUUCGAUUGGAAUGACCAAACGCUCCUAUGUUGAAGCUGUGCUGAAAGGUCUGAGAGCUGUCAGCUCAGUUGAUGUGGAUUUCAUGCCUGACAAUGUGAAUUCUGAAGGACUUGUAAAUUUGCUAGCCCCAGCAACAAAUCAUAAGUAUAAUCUAAAUACUAGAAAAAGAAUCGUUGUUAGGCUUCUGCUGAGCAUUGACCGACGGGAGACAACUGAGGCAGCAAAGGAAACUGUCUCCCUUGCUCUGGAAAUGAGGCAUUUAGGGGUGGUUGGAAUAGACCUAUCUGGAAAUCCAGUUGUUGGUGAAUGGAUUACAUAUUUGCCAGCAUUGAAAUAUGCUCGAGAACAAGGUCUUCACAUAACCCUCCACUGUGGAGAGGUACCUAAUGCGAAGGAGAUAAGGGACAUGCUUAACUUCCAUCCCCAAAGGAUUGGACAUGCUAUUUUCUUGGAUGAGGAAGACUGGGAAAAACUAAAAUCCUACAACAUUCCGGUUGAGAUCUGUUUGACUUCAAACCUAAGGACAGACUCUGUUCGAUCAUUAGAUGUUCACCAUUUUGCUGAUUUGUAUAACGCAAACCACCCUGUAGUCCUGUGUACUGAUGAUACUGGUGUGUUCUCUACCAGUCUCUCUGAUGAAUACAGAAUUGCUGCUUCUACGUUUGGGCUUGGAAAGAAAGAAAUGUUUGAGCUGUCAAAGAAUUCUGUUGAGUUUGUAUUCGCAGAUAACGGAGUGAAGGAGGAGUUAAGAAGUAUUUUCAAUUCAGCGGCAAAGAGUUUCGAUGCAUGAGUACUUAAUUUCAUCUAGGUAGUAAUUUGUAUUGAGCAGUAAAGCCUCCUGCUUUUAGCUGUUAUAUUCAAGAAUGACUUUGCAUCUUGAUGAACUUCUUGUCUGGCCAUACUAUUGGAGUCAGUCAAUCCAUUAGGUAUAUGUUUAUUUAGCUGCUAUUUUUGCUGGUAAUCCUGCAUUUAGCCUCAUUUAUAUUUUGCCAAAUCUGGGUUGGACUUACUUAGGUGCGUAUGAACUUAUCUCCUCCGCCAUUUUAGACUAUUCUUAAGGCUUCAAUUUUGCCUCUAUCUUGUGGAUGGCUGCUUGUGUGUGCCUAGGCAGCUUAGUCAUUAGAUUCACACCAUGAGCGCUACUUGAGGCAUUGGCUCUUUUUAAAUUUGGAGGGCAGGUACUAACAGAUUAAGAUUACCAACGAGAUCGAAUCUGUAACCUUCCAUUUACGGAGAACUUUUGUACAAUUAAGUUGCAAGACUAUUGACAAGACUUUGGCUCUU